GCGAUUGGGGGCAAGUUAGAAACGCAAGUGUCGCGUAUAAUAUUAAACUAUUUAUUUGUAUUUUUUCUUAUCGAAUUAAGAUAAUUAUUUUAGUUCCGAGACAACAAUGUUUACCAUGCAUAUUGGAAAAAUGGAAAUAAAUGUGUGGCAUUAAAAGUUUCUCGUUAUGAUACUCCUGAAAGAAAAAGAUUUAUAAAAAGAGAGUUUAAUGUGUUAAAACAUCUUGCGGGUAUACCAAUAAAUGAUAGGGAUAGGAUUAUUGAUAUGAUUGGAAGCAAACUUAUUGCUAAGACCACAACUUUAAACGGUCAAGAAAGCCGAACUUAUUUUAUGUAUUUUGCUUUGGAACUUGGGGGAAAAGAUUUGAAUUCAUAUUUUGAAGAAGAAACUAAGAAACGCGAUGUUAAUAAAGAGGAGCUUUUAAUAAAAAUUGCUAGAGGGGCUGCUCUAUCAAUCAAACAAUUUCACAGACGUUAG